AUGGAAACUAGAAAACAGGAUGAAAUUGGGGAGGACAUGUCAUUGUCACCACCAACAAUUGGGUCUAUGCAAAUUGCAGGGGGCAGUAGCUUUGGCCACAACAUAGACUUCAUGUCUCAAGCUUAUGUUAGAAAUAGGUACUCUGAGAUAGAUAUAGAAGAUGAGACUUCCAUUGCCAACAAAGAUGGCCCUCUUCCCAUUUUUCUCAAGUUUGAAGAUGUGGAGUUUAAGGUAAGAAACAGCAAAGCUUCUAGCAACAUGGUGAAGGCAAUGGUAUCAAAAGUAGCGUCGCAGCUGCACAUAGAAAGUAAUUACAAGCAGAUAUUGAAGGGGAUAACAGGAAGCAUUGGACCGGGUGAAAUUCUUGCCUUGAUGGGUCCUUCUGGUAGUGGGAAGACAACAUUAUUGAAAGUGAUAGGAGGAAGAUUACUAGACAAUGUCAAAGGCAAAGUAACGUAUAAUGACAUUCCAUAUAAUCCAGUUCUCAAGAGGAGGAUUGGAUUUGUGACACAAGAUGAUGUGCUGUUCCCACAAUUAACAGUGGAAGAAACCUUGGUUUUCUCUGCAUUUUUACGGCUUCCAGGCAGCAUGAGCCGACAAGAAAAGUAUGCAAGAGUGGAGACGAUUAUGAAGGAGCUUGGUCUCGAAAGAUGUCGUCACACAAGAAUAGGGGGAGGAUUUGUCAAAGGGAUAUCAGGAGGAGAAAGGAAAAGAACCAGUAUCGGUUAUGAAAUUCUUGUAGAUCCUUCAUUGUUGUUGCUUGAUGAACCAACUUCAGGCCUUGAUUCUACCUCAGCCAAUAGGCUCCUUAUGAUUCUUCAAGGACUUGCUAAGGGUGGAAGAACAAUAAUCACAACUAUUCACCAGCCGUCAAGCAGAAUGUUUCAUAUGUUUGACAAACUUUUGCUGAUAGCAGAAGGAUACCCGGUGUACUAUGGAAAGGCCGGAGAGUCUUUGGAGUAUUUUUCGGCUUUGAGAUUCGUACCGCAAAUACCUAUGAACCCUGCAGAGUUUUUGCUUGAUUUAGCCACUGGACAAAUUAAUGACAUUAGCUUUCCGCAAGAUCUACUAUUACCUCAAGGGCAAGGAACACUAGACUCUGAGAAGGCUGUGAUCAAAUACCUACAACUCAAGUACAAAAGCCAGCUGGAGACUAAGGAAAAGGAAGAGAAUCAUCGAGGGAGAAAGGCACCCGAACAUCUUCGACUAGCUGUUCAGGUUAAGAAAGAUUGGACAAUCUCUUGGGGUGAACAGUUCAUGAUAUUGUUCAAGAGAACAUUUAGAGAAAGGUGCAGGGACUAUUUUGAUAAGCUAAGAUUGGUUCAAGCGGUUGGAGUUGCUAUCUUAUUGGGACUUCUUUGGUGGAAAUCAAAGACUGACACUGAGGCUCAUCUCCGAGAUCAGGUUGGCUUAAUGUUCUACAUCUGCAUUUUCUGGACAUCUUCAUCAAUUUUUGGAGCAGUAUACGUGUUUCCAUUUGAACAAAUCUUCCUGGUCAAAGAAAGGAAAGCAGACAUGUAUCGAUUGAGUGUGUACUAUGUGUGCAGCACUCUCUGUGAUAUGAUAGCACAUGUAUUCUACCCCACAUUUUUCAUGUUGAUUCUUUACUUCAUGGCUGGAUUCAAGAACACAGUUCCUUGCUUCUUCCUCACAUUGUUUGCCAUUUUAUUGGUAGCUAUCACAAGCCAAGGAGCAGGAGAGCUUUUUGGAGCUCUAAUUUUAAGUAUUAAAAGGGCUGGAAUGGUUGCCUCAUUGAUACUAAUGCUGUUUCUUCUAACUGGAGGCUAUUAUGUACAGCACAUACCAAAAUUCAUGCAGUGGUUGAAGUACUUAUCGUUUAUGUGGUACGGCUUCAGGCUUCUACUCAAAGUCCAGUAUUCUGGAGAUGACUUGUACGAGUGUGAGAGCAUAGGAGGGUGCAGACCUCUGCAGAGUUCACCAACAUUUGAGAUGGUGAACUUGGAUGGUGGCAUGAAAGAAGUCUGGGUUUUGCUGGCAAUGGCUAUAUGUUACAGAAUCUGUGCUUACUUUUGCCUUCGGAAGAGAAUUAGCGUAAGCAAUAUGUGAAUGUAAAUUCCAUUAAAGUAUGCAUAUGAACGCUCUAUGUUUUCCAAUAUCAGAUUUUGGAGGAACUUCUGGCAUUGGUGAAGCUUGUAAUUUGUCCAAGUAGUACGAAUGUGUGCUCCACAAGUGUCUUCCAAAUUCAUGUACAUGAAUUUAUGAAUAAGAAAUAAAGCCAUAUGUAUUUCUGUGUACAUGAAUCCAUGACUA